AGGUAUACAUACAGGUCUAGAAAUAGCGCCUUUGCUCUUCGCACUCCACUUCUCCUCCUCUCUUACCCUAGCCUCCGCUACUUCCCCUCCUCCCUACCCCCUUACGCAGUUCCGCCAUCAAUGGCUCCAAAGAAGGCAGCUCCUCCUCCAUCGUCCAAACCCGCCAAGUCUGGAGGUGGAAAGCAGAAGAAGAAGAAGUGGAGCAAGGGAAAGCAAAAGGAGAAGGUGAACAACAUGGUUUUGUUCGAUAAGGCCACUUACGACAAGCUCCUCUCUGAAGCUCCCAAGUAUAAGCUCAUCACCCCUUCCGUCCUCUCCGAUCGUUUAAGGAUUAGUGGAUCCCUCGCUAGGAAGGCAAUUAGGGAUUUGAUGGCUAGAGGGUCCAUCAGGAUGGUGUCUGCCCAUGCUAGCCAGCAGAUUUACACCAGGGCUACCAACACCUAAGGCUUUAAGAGCGUUAGACUUGUUUGUUUAAUUAGCUUUCAUUUUGUUUGAAACAUCAUGUCAAGACAUAAAUUUUGUGCGAUGAGUUGAAGAUUUUUGACUCUUUCUUCUUGUUCGGUUACUCACUGAAUUCUUUGGCUUCUGAAUUAUGAUUCUUGUUUUUGUUC